ACCUCUUCUCUUUCUUUGGUCCAAUUUAUCUUGCUCUGGGGACAUAGCAAAACUAAGGGGGGCAUCCAUGGCUUCCCACUGCAUUUACAUCCUUGGCUUCCUCCUAAAUUCCCUCCUACUCAUCCAGGCGUCGCCUCUUUCGGAAACAGAUAUCCUGCUUUACGAUCGAUGCGGCAAGAGGAAAUUUGACUGCGGCAACAGCAGUGUGGAUGUUUCCUACCCAUUCCUGACCUUGGAUAGUCCUGAUGCUUGUGGCCACCCAACCUUUGUACUCAAUUGCAACCCUUCUCAGUCCUCCAUAACCAUUCUCGUAGGCAAUACAACCUACCAAGUCAUAGAUGCCAUUAAUUACUCGGACCAGAGCCUCACCCUUGCCGAUCGGAGUUUCUUUGACGAACCUUGCGUCCGGCCGUCGCACAAUACCACUUUCGAUCGGUCACUCUUCAACUACACCACUCUCGACGAUCUCCAAGUGACCUUCUUCUUCAAUUGCUCCGCCGCUAAUACAUCCCGGCAGCUGUUUAGCAGCACGUGUGCUGCUGCUUAUGGCGGCCCCGUGUACUAUUGGCCUAACACUAGCUUGCCUGGGAGGUCAAGCGCGUGCGGUAGCAGUGUGGUGGUUCGGAUGGAUAGGACGACGGUGGAUCGAAUGAAGGCCAGAGAGAUAAACUAUGCGCAGGCGCUUCGGGUGGGGUUCCGAGUCGGAUGGACGGGGGUUGUCUCGCAGAACUGCCGCAAUUGCAUCCACUCCGGCGGCGUUUGUGGGCACAACAACUCCAUGCAGGUUUGCUUCUGUUCCAAUGGUUUGGCCGCGGAUGGUGCUUGCAACCCCCCAAAAGGAACGCCGACAACUUGGAGGAUUUUGCAAGUUUUAUUUGUAGGAGCGACGGGCUGCGUAACCUGCCUACUUUUAUUUCACACCUAUAGACAGACAAAGAACGGAACAGGUAGAAACACACAGAGCAUAGAAGACAUUUUUGAUGCUUACGGAUCCCUGGCCCCAAGAAGAUACAAGUAUUCAGAUAUGAAAAAGUUAACCAAUUGUUUUCGCGAGAAACUGGGGAAAGGUGGAUAUGGAACUGUGUACAAAGGUAAACUUGAAGAUGGGCGUUUGGUGGCUGUGAAGGUCCUAAAAAAAUCCCAAGAAAAUGGAGCAGACUUCAUCAACGAAGUUGCAAGCAUUGGGAGAACCUCCCAUGUCAAUGUUGUCAGCCUACUUGGCUAUAGCCAUGAUGGUCACAGAAGAGCUCUGGUCUAUGAAUACAUGGCCAAUGGAUCUUUAGAUAAGUACAUCUAUUCAGAUAAUCCCAAAGCAUUACUCGCUUGGGACAAACUCUACCAAAUAGCACAUGGCAUUGCUCGAGGUUUAGAAUAUCUGCAUCAAGAUUGCAACACUCGCAUAGUUCAUUUCGAUAUAAAGCCUCACAACAUCUUACUCGAUGAGGAAUUCUGCCCCAAGAUUUCAGACUUCGGAUUAGCUAAAUUGUGUCCACAUAAGCGAAGUGCUAUUUCUAUGGCAGAUGCAAGAGGAACAAUAGGUUAUAUUGCGCCUGAAGUGUUCUCGAGGAACUUUGGUGUAGUUUCAACAAAAUCUGAUGUGUACAGUUAUGGGACGAUGGUGUUGGAAAUGGUUGGAGGAAGAAAGAAUGUUAAAGCUCAUUUAGAUGAGAGUAGUGAGGUAUACUUUCCUCACUGGGUUUAUGAACAUCUUGAUCAAGGCGAAGACUUGAAACCUCUUGGUGUGACACCAGAAACAGAGGAAAUUGCCAAGAAGAUGAUAUUGGUAGGAUUGUGGUGCAUUCAAAUUCCACCAAAGGAUCGACCAUCAAUAAGUAGAGUUGUAGAAAUGUUAGAAGGAAGAACCAGUGAAAUGGAAAUGCCACCAAAGCCUUGUUUUUCUUCUAUUGGGCGAUCGGUCGACCAACUUCCUUUGCAAACAUUUAGUGAUUCAUCUUUGAUGCUGUGUGAAUGAAAAAAAAAUAAAUCAUUUUGCUCUUUGUUCUUCAUUUAAUGUUAUAGAGAUAAACAAAAGUAUUUCGAAACAAACUAUCUACCAAUUAGUUUAGGCAUUUAUUUUUAGAUGAUGACUAGUGUGGACAUAGAGCACGAAGUUGAUGUACCCAUAGGGUAAUGCAUAACUAGCAAUGAUUUUGUGAAGCUAGGUUAAAGGAAGGGGAUGGAACAAUUGUUAGAUGGUUAGAGUAUGUUAUCUUUAGAGAUAAACAACAGCACAAACUUUUUGUACGACAUAUGUUUACUUAUUUUGAAAUAUUUUUUUGA